AUGGAUAAGUUUCUCACAAAAUUCAAUUGUUCUCAACCAAGUUCUAGUACGGAUGCCAACAGUUCUCAACUUAUAAAUGAGCUCAAUUUAGGGUCGCUUGAAGCCGAUCCAGGAGAAAGGGUACCCAUUGCCGAAUAUAACCCUCGAAUUCGAGAUGAAGUGAGGAGACAUUAUAUUCAAACAGGGCCUUGUCAACCUUUGCUUAAAAAAUUUCCUUCAACUCAAAUAGGAAAUAGAGGUCGUCAAUUUGUUUCAAAUUGGUACAAAGGUCCACAUUCUAAAUGGAUGGAGUAUAGCAUGAAGACAGAUGCCGCAUAUUGCCUAUGUUGUUAUUUGUUCAAAAAUGAAUUUGUACAUGGAAGUGCGGCUGAGUUUUAUACAAAAAAUGGUUUUAGGAGUUGGAAUAGGGCUCUUGAAAGAUUUCCUUUGCAUGUUGGUGAGGUUAAUAGCGUCCAUGAUAAAUGUUUCAAGAAGAUGCUAGAUUUGUCAAAUCAUGAUCAAUCAAUUCAAGUUGUUCUUGAAAAGCAUUAG